CACAGAUGCGCGCAGACCAGGAAGCGGAUCCCGUGGAGUGAAAAUCGCGCUGCAGCGGAUUGACUUCUAAAGACUCUUGGUACGUGAAGAAAAAACACAGAAGAGGAAAGCAAAGGGUCAGGGAUGGCUGUUCCUCAGGGUCUACUGACAUUCAGGGAUGUGGCCAUAGAAUUCUCUCAGGAGGAGUGGAAAUGUCUGGACCCUGCUCAGAGGACUCUAUACAGAGACGUGAUGUUGGAGAAUUAUAGGAACCUGGUCUCCCUGGCUAUCUCUUCCAAAUGCAGGAUGAAGAUGUUCUCAUCAACAGCGCAAGGCAAUUCAGAGGUGAUCCACACAGGGGCAUUGCAAAGACAUGCAAGUCAUCACAUUGGAGAAAGUUGCUUCCAGGAAAUUGAGAAAGAUAUUCAUGACUUUGUGUUUCAGUGGAAAGAAAAUGAAACAAAUGGCCAUGAAGCAUCCAUGACAGAAAUAAAAAUGUUGACGAGUAGUACAGACCGAUAUGAUCAUAGUCAUGCUGGAAACAAGCCUAUUAAAGAUCAGCUUGGAUCAAGCUUUCAUUCACAUCUGCCUGAACUGCACAUAUUUCAGCCUGAAGGGAAAAUUGGCAAUCAAGUUGAGAAGCCUAUCAAUGAUGCUUUCUCAGUUUCAGCAUCCCAAAGAAUUUACUGUAGGCCCAAAACCCAUAUUUAUAAAUAUGGGAAGAAUUUCCUUCAUUCUUCAUUACUCACAGAAAAACAGGAAAUACACAUGAGAGAAAAAUCUUUCCAAUGUAAUGAGAGUGGCAAAGCCUUUAAUCGUAGCUCACUCUUUAAAAAACAUCAGAUAAUCCAUUUAGGAGACAAACAAUAUAAGUGUGAUGUAUGUGGCAAGCUCUUUAAUCAGAAGCGAUACCUCGCAUGCCAUAGAUGUCAUAUUGGUGAGAAACCUUACAAGUGUAAUGAAUGUGGCAAGACCUUCAGUCACAAUUCAGCCCUCUUAGUUCAUAAGGCAAUUCAUACUGGAGAGAAACCUUACACGUGUAAUGAAUGUGGCAAGGUUUUUAAUCAACAAUCAAACCUUGCACGUCAUCAUAGACUUCAUACUGGAGAUAAACCUUACAAAUGUGAAGAAUGUGACAAAGUUUUCAGUCGCAAAUCACAUCUUGAAAGACAUAGGAGAAUUCACAAUGGAGAGAAACCAUACAAAUGUAAGGUUUGUAACAAGGCUUUCAGACGUGAUUCACACCUGGCACAACAUACUGUAAUUCACACUGGAGAGAAGCCUUACAAGUGUAAUGAAUGUGGCAAGGUUUUUAAUCGAAAAUCAAACCUUGAACGUCAUCAUAGACUUCAUACUGGAAAGAAAUCUUAUAAGCGUAUAAUUUGCAAGGUUUUUAGGCAGCAACCAAACCUUGCCUGUCUUCAUAGACUUUAUACUGGAGAGAAGCCUUACAAAUGUGAAGAAUGUGACAAAGCUUUCAAUUUCAAAUCACUCCUUGAAAUACAUAGGAGAGUUCAUACUGGAGAGAAACCAUAGAAGUGUAAGGUUUGUGACAAGGCUUUUGGGUGUGAGUCACAUCUGGCACAACAUACUGGAAUUCACACUGGAAAGGAACUGUACAAGUGUAAUGAGUGUGGCAAAGCCUUUAGUGGUCAGUUACAAAUGUAAUGAUUGUCACAAAAUCUUCAGUAACACUACAACCAUUGCAAAACAUUGGAGCAUCCAUAAUGAAGAGAGGUUUUACAAGCAUAAUAAAUGUGGCAACUUUUUCAGACAUCAUUCACACCUUGCAGUUUAUGGGCGAUCCUAUACAGGAGAGAAACCUUACAAAUGUGAUGAUUGUGGCAAGGUCUUCAGUCAAGUUUUAUCUUUUGCAAAACAUAGGAGAAUUCAUACAGGAGAGAAACCUCACAAAUAUGAUAUUGUGGCAUAGUCUUUACUUCACGUUCACACCACAUUAGAUAUCAGAGGAUCCAUACUGGACAGAAAGCUUACAAAUGUCAUAUGUGUGACAAGGUCUUCAGUCCGAGGUUACUCCUUACAGAAUAUCAGAACGUUCAUUUUUGAGGUAAUAGUUACAAAUGCAAUGAGCAUAGCAAACCAUCAAGGAUUAAUUGACAGUAGAGUCAAUUCAGCAUUACUUGAGUUUGAGUUGACUUAAAACAUUGAGUUCAAGCAUUAAUUGACAUUAAAGUGUUUAUAUUAAGAGGAUUGGGCCAGGUGCGAUGGCUCACGCCUGUAAUCCCAGGACUUGAGGAGCCCGAG